CAAAAGCAAAUGGAACGAUAAUGCAUGGGAGUAACGGGCCAAAGUGAAGAAAGAGAUGCUGAAAGGAAGGAGCUCCGAUCCAUAUUAAUGAGUACAGGAAAAUGCCGUGUCAAGUCGUCCUUGGUGUCUUUGUUUUCCCCUUUUGACAAAGCAGACGACGGAGGAAAGAGGUUCUUCUGAAAGCCAGCAAGACGGCUUAAUGUACUAUAUAGUCUUCCCGGGGGAUGAACACAGGCGCAAGACGAUGCUUGCAAUUUUGGGCACUUGAAUGGGUAUCUGGCGUGAUGAGUCAUCAUCCGACGCCUGUCUUCACCUCGCGGUUUACCUGUAACCACCAGCAGCAGUAUUCCAUCAAACACUAGCGUCAUGUCGAGAUCCUCCUACACCUUUCCCUCCAUACACGACUUUCCUCCAUUUUACACACUCCAACCUACAGCCGCAACCCAGCAAAAACAAAUUCAAUUGUGGUGUGACAUACUUCUAGCAUAUUGCGCUGCAACGCGAACGUUUUCUAUAGACUUGGGCGAGAUAAAAGGAGCUGGUGCGAAGCCCAAAGGAGCCGCGGAGGUGUUUGUUAAUGAGCGAUUGCGACGAAGUCUGAACCGAGAGGGUAUACAGACCAUCAUUGAUGCUCUGGUAAAUCAAGGACAUGCCGAGUGGGAAAGCUCGGCAAAAGAGCGAUGUAUUGUGCUAUGGCGAAAGCCAGAAGAAUGGGCGUCGCUUAUAUACAAAUGGGCAUUUGAUACGGGCAGUACCAACUCCAUCUGUACGGUAUAUGAGUUAAUUCAUGGGGAGGGUACGGAAGGGCAAGAUUUUCAUGAUUUGGAUGAGCGAACGAUGAUUAAAGCCUUGGAGGCCCUCUCGAAAACAGGCAAAGCGCAGCUGUUCACAGGAGCGAGCCAUAGUGAAAUGGGCGUGAAAUUCUUUUGAUAAGUCGAGAUUCUUUGUGUUCUACUAUAUCUAUUAAUGACUAUGAAAACAAAGCCGCACUUCCCCUACCGGAAAGCCUACUGGUACCGAAUUAACUAAAUUUUAGAGUACAUUCAUU